UGGAAAUGUGAUGUUUUUACCGCAGCAGCCGAAGGGCUCAGCGCCUGGGUUCUCGAAGUCUAGGCGGCGUAGCGUCCCGGCUUCAUUCCGCCUCCGAGGGCGGGUUGAGCCCGUUCGCUCAGCCCGCUUUACGCAGCCGAGGAGCUCGGAAGGCGGCUUGCUAGGGGAGCUUGUGUCUCCUAAGGCCCGAGUAAGGGUUACACCACCGGGGUGCCCGCUUGUACCUGUGUGUCCGUGUUGUGUUCAGCGUCAGAGGAGUCAGGAACAUGUCCAAGAGGGCCAAGAAGAACGAGCAGGCUUCUGCAGAUGGAGGCGACAAUGGAACAGAACCAGCAGCAAAGAAAGGGAAGAAGACAAAGGAACCAGAGGCCCCAGUUUUGUAUGAAGAUCCUCCAGAUAAGUUGACCAGUAAGGAUGGCCGGGCAGCCAACAUGAAGAUAACCUCCUGGAACGUGGAUGGCCUUCGUGCUUGGGUUAAGAAGAAAGGGCUCGAUUGGGUGCGACAGGAGGCUCCAGAUGUGCUCUGUCUUCAGGAAACUAAAUGUGCUGAGAAAGCCCUGCCAGCAGAAAUCACCUCUAUGCCUGAGUAUCCUCAUAAGUACUGGGCAGGUUCAGAGGAUAAAGAGGGCUACAGUGGGGUGGCCAUGCUGUGCAAGACUGAGCCAAUUAAAGUCACGUAUGGCAUCGGUAAAGAGGAGCACGACAAAGAGGGCAGAGUGAUCACUGCUGAGUUCCCCUCCUUCUUUCUGGUCACGUCCUACGUGCCCAAUGCUGGGCGUGGGUUGGUGCGCCUUGAUUACCGCAAGACCUGGGAUGUGGACUUCCGCGCCUACCUGAGCGAUCUGGACAAGCGUAAGCCCCUGGUGCUCUGUGGAGACCUUAACGUGGCGCAUCAGGAGAUUGACCUGAAGAACCCCAAAGGCAACCGCAAGAAUGCCGGCUUCACUCCGGAAGAGCGUGAGGGCUUUAGCCAGCUCCUGGCCGACGGCUUCACCGAUAGCUUCCGUGAGCUGUAUCCUGAGCAGACCAAUGCCUAUACCUUCUGGACCUACAUGAUGAAUUCUCGGUCCAAGAACGUGGGUUGGAGGCUGGACUACUUUGUGCUGUCGGCUGCCUUGGUCCCAGGUUUGUGUGAUAGCAAGAUUCGUAACACUGCCAUGGGAAGCGACCACUGCCCCAUUACCCUGCACCUGGCUGUGUAGUUUCUGAUCCCUCUGGUUUGGGAUCUCGGUGACGAGUGUCUUAAGAGCAGGGGCGUUUUUUUUUCUUUCUUUCUUUCUUUCUUUCAUUCAUUCUUUUUCUUUUCUGAACCAGUUUAGAUUUUUUUAGGUUGUAUUAGCAAGAUAUAUCGUCAUAGCGGUAACCUCCUACACAUUGAAGAGCAGGGAGCAUCAGAAAGGUAGUUACGGUUAACUAGGUUGUUUUUUGUUAGACUGUCCAGGUUAUUAGUUGGUUUCUGAUUAUACAGCAUAUUAGAAGAAUUAGAUUUUUUUUUCUUAUGUAUUCUUCUGUCCAAAAAAGGUGUCAACUGCUGUGGCCAGUUUGUCACGUUUCUUUUGCAGGACUACUGGUCAAAGUGCACGUUUCCUCAGAGAUGGGAUGUUCUGUACCAUUUCAAGCCAGCUACUCUGCAGCGUUGGCGAAUAGCCCCACACACUAGGAGCAGAGUGUAUCUUUUGAGUGCUCAGUUGUGGGUGCCGGGGUCAGUAUUCACAAAAUUGCUGAGAAAUGCUGCUACCUGGUGAAAUUCGGAAUGUUUUAAAAUGCCCCGUGUUCAUGAAAGUGCACUGGAGCAUAAGCGGCCGAAAAUGUUACCCAUACUUUUGCCCCGGCGAUGCUUUAAUAAAUCCAUUCCGUUUUGAAUUGUUUAAAUCUGACACAACUGCUGUAAUGAGAUGAGUGGCUAACUGUCAAUCAAUCUGCUCUAAAUCCCGGCACGACUACUGUGAAUAAGCUAACUCGGAGUUCAGUUUUAGGUAUUGAUGAGUUGAGACGAGACCUAUCGGUUCCUCUUUUACCUGACCUGCUGAGUGACCAAGGAUUCCAGCCUUGUACUACGAACCCCUUGAGUUUUGUAUUGAGUUGUCAUUAUUUGUUUGAUGCUGUUGUGGAAUAAUUUGUUGGUGCUAAAACAGCCGUGAUGUCGCUGUACUUCCCACUUUUAUUGCAAAAUAAUUAACAAAAAAAUGUUUGCAAACAAAUCAGCUUAACACUGCACAAAACCCAUUAACGUGUUCAAACGUUCAUUUUUACUAUCGCAUCUUUCCUUUUGUUAAUGACCAUAUUUUGGAAUAAAGUGUUGUUUAUUAAAAA